AUGAACGCCUCCUCCGUUAUACAUUUCAGUGGGUUUAAUCUGACCGCAGAAAGUGUUGUCCCUGCAUUUCUUUUUGCAACUCUGAGCUACAUGGUUAUUCUGUUUUGUAACCUCACUCUGAUUCUCACCAUUGUGCUCAAUAAAUCUCUGCAUCAGCCCAUGCAUCUCAUUCUGCUGAACCUUCCCAUCAAUGACCUCAUCGGUUCUUCAGCACUAUUUCCUCAGCUCAUCAAAGAAAUCCUGACCAACAGCAGAAGGAUUCAAUACUCGGCGUGUGUGGCUCAAGCUUUCUUUAUCCACGUCUAUGCGGCAGGUACUGUGUUCCAUCUGUCUGCCAUGGCCUAUGAUAGAUUCCUCGCCAUAUGUUACCCUUUGCAGUACAACACUGUCAUGACGAACGCUCACAUAAUGAAACUGAUUGCUCUUGUGUGGUCAUCUUCUUUAGUUUUAAUAGGUGUGUUGUUCAUCCUGCUUUUGCGUCUCAACAACUGCCGCUCCGAAAUGAGUAACCCCUACUGCGAUAACCCAAACCUUUUGAGUUUGGUUUGUGGUGACACAACCAUUAAUAAUAUUUAUGGGCUUUUCAUCAGUGCUCUUUCACAAGCGGUGGCAAAUGGAAUUGUUUUUUAUACAUAUCUCCGCGUCCUCAUUGCAUGCUUCCGAUCCAAACAGUCGGACACCAGAGCCAAGGCUUUGCAGACGUGUGCCACACAUCUAGUUGUUUUUCUCUUGUUAGAGUGUUUAGGCCUUUUCACCAUUAUAUCACACAGGCUGCAAAAUAUUUCUCCUCAUUUAAGAAGAUUCAUGGGGUUGUCUACAUUGAUUUUCCCACCAACUCUAAAUCCAAUCAUCUACGGCCUAAAAACCAAAGAAAUCAGAGAAAAGAUUUUGCAGAUUUUUUCC